CAGAUCGGCUGUGAGGAUGGCUCCGUUAAGAUCUUCCGGGUCGUGCCUGAGGGGAUCCAGUUCGAGCGGAGCCUGGACAGGCGGAAAGGCCGUGUCCUGUGCCUGUCUUGGCAGCCCUCGGACGCUGGCAUUGCGGCCGGAUCCAUUGACAUGUUCCGUGUGAUCGACGUUGCUUCAGGCCAGACGGUGCAGAGGGUCAUGGUGAACCACCACGCGGAGAAGGUGAAGCGCGAGUGCAUCGUGUGGGCCAUCGCCUUCCUCUCCAGCGGCACCGUGGUCACUGCCGAUUCUUUCGGGAGGGUGCAGUUCUGGGACUGGGAGCAAGGCACCCUGGCAGAGUCCCACACUGUCAGCACCUCUGCUGCACUCUCACUGGCUGUGUCAGAGAAAGAGGACAGCAUCGUCGUGGGCACCUCAACUGGAGCCACGUACCAGUUGCAGCUGCUGCCAGUGAAGCUGGGCAGUGCGGAGAAGCACUGGGUGCGGACGAAGCCCUUCCAGUUCCACAGCCACGACGUGCGGGCGGUGGCACACAGCCCCACCGCCCUCAUCUCUGGGGGCCUGGAUGCCCAGCUGGUGAUCCGCCCACUGAUGGAGAAGGUGCAGAAGAAGGGCUACGAGUCAGUGCUGCGAAAAUUCACCUUCCCCCACAGACGCCUCGUCUCCUGCGCCAGGAAAGCUCGGCUGCUCCUCUUCCAGUUCUCCCAGCACCUGGAGCUCUGGAGACUUGGCUCCACUGAAGAGACUGGAAAGGACGGCGAGGUCCUUCCCUUGUGUCGCAUGCCCGAGCACCUCGUGCAGCUCAAGAGCAAGGGACCGGAGCACAUCUACUGCAGCUGUGUCUCGCCCUGCGGCGUGCACUGCAACGGGGACAGUGUCAGCCUCAAGAGGGUCCCCAAAGUGCCCCAGCUGGUGCCUCCAGCCUAUCAGCUCCAGUUCUCUGCUGACUCCGAGAGCCUCUUUGUCGCCUCUGCUCAAGGAUCUGUCCAUGUCCUCCAGCUGCUGGAGCCAGAGGGCUGCAAACACCUGCACACGCUCCAGCCACCCUCAGGGUGCUCCGAGGCUGUUUACCUGCUGGCGUCGAGCACGGACGGGCAGUGGUUGGCAGCUGUUGGUGGGGACUGGGUCAUCCACGUCUACAACCUGAAAUGCUUCAAGCAUCACUGCGUGGUGCCCAUGUACAGCUGUGCAGUGACAGCAAUUGCCAUCCACCCCAGCACCAACAACCUUGUCAUCGCCUACUCAGACCAACAGCUGUUGGAGUUCAGCAUCCCCCACAGGCAGUACACAGCCUGGAGCCGCUCAGUGCAGAGCUGUGGGCUGCACCGUGCCUGGCUGGAGCGGGACUCGCCCAUCACCCACAUCACCUUCAACCCCAAGAACCCCUCACACAUCCUCCUCCAUGACCUCUACUUGUUCUGCGUCCUCGACAAGUCCCUGCCCCUGCCUGAUGACAGCUCUCUCCUGAUGAACCAGAGCACCCUGAAGCAGCUCCCAGAGACAGCCAGGAAGCGGCAGCUCCACGCCUUCAAGAUCUGCAAGAAGUUCCAGCCUCUGCUCUUUGUGGAUCUGCUGGAUGACAACUGCCUGGUCGUGGUGGAACGACCCAUCAUGGACUUCAAAACUGAACUGCCUCUGCCUGUGCAACAGAAGAAAUUUGGCACCUGA